AUGUCAGAUAUAUUUGAGGUCAAGUUAACGUCACUUCCAAAUGAGGACUUGGUUCGCGGGUUUCCAGGUAUUACGGCGUCUUGGCCCCGGAUUGAGGGUACCGUUGAAAUUCGCCCUAAAACCCUUUCCAUCUCAAGUUUAUUAAUCUCCUCAGUAAAGGUCACUCUUUUUCGGACUGAUUCCAUUCAUCCACCAAGUAAUAAAACUGGGAUCAAUGCCCCUCGAAAAGAACAAUCGUAUAUGGUCGGUCAAGAACAGUCUAUAUUCAAGGUAUCAGCUGGAAGAUCAUAUGAAGAAGUGCUGGCGCUUGAUCUUCCUUUUAUAAUAUCGUUGCCAAUUCAAAAGAACCUUCCCGCUAGCAUAUCAGUAUCGAAGGGUCUGACUUCUGCCAUUGUUGAAACAACAUACCGGCUUUAUGUUUCAAUUUCCUAUGGUAAACAGUUGUCUGUCCAUCAUCAAUCGUUUCCAAUAAGGAUAAAACCAUAUCAUACAUUAACAAUUUUUGGAUCAUUUCACAUUCCAGUAUCUAAAACUGUUCGUUCCUCUGAUCACCUCGUUACUCUUGACUAUUCAGUCAAUCAUACAGCGCUUGGACCCGGUGAUACCAUAAUGGCCGUCGUCAAAGUAUCUCCGAAUCCAGACUGGGCAAAGUCCAGAAAAGUAAAGUUAGUUCGGCUAACAAUGCAAAUUCAAGAAGUAAUCACAUUCAGUCAUGAGGGCGAUGAGCCAGUUGAGAAGAGAUCUAAAAUUUGCAAGGUUAGUAAGCAAUUAGAUAUGAAGCUUCCGGAGAGUGGGCAUCUUGAAGAACUGUUUCUUGAAUACCAACCAAUUCAAGAGAAUGUUGACAAAAAUGGUUUGGUUCCCAAAGAGCGCCAAGACGUACCGAAUAUUUCAAGGUAUGGUUUUACUACAAGCUCAGCCCUCUACCAAAUUGAUUAUCUCCUUGUCAUAAAAGCGAGGUUCACUCAUGCAAAGGAUAUCGAAGUUGAGCAACCAAUUGUUGCCUGUCCUUUCGAUAAUGCCACCAGCAUGUCAUUUACUGCAAGCAUAUCAGAAGCAGUAAAGUACGCGAACCGUGCUAAUCGCAGCGCAGUACCAAGUAGUCGUAUAUACAAGCCAACAGAUGCAAUGGCAGUUGAGAUGUUGAACCGAAAAGUUAACACUUACAGUGGUAAGGCAUCUCUAUCUAUAAAAGUGAAGUAA